CUUUACCACAGUUGUCACAUACACAUAACUUUCUUCAGCUUAUGAUAUUCUUUGCUAUCACAGCUAUCUGGCCAGCUCGAACAAUCUUGACCAAGUUUCUAACUUCACUUUUGUUACGUGCUAUCACUCACUUGAAGGUGCUAACGUGGCGCAGGAACGUGAACGACUACUUUCCAACUUCAGGUGCUCAGCGAAUGCCUUAGUCUUAAGACAUCAGAUCUUUCUACUAGGGACAGUCAACGCACAUCUCGAGAGCAAAUCUAAUCAGUUCUUCUAAAGCCCUCCGCUUCUCAUUUGGGAAGAUAAGUUAAGACACCAAAUCAAUCAUGGCUGAUCGUGGUCGUGGUCGUGGUGGCGGCAGAGGUAGAGGCGGAUCUGAUGGUCCGCCGCGGGGUGGUUUCCAAGACCGGGGAGGGCACCGGGGAGAUAGGGGAGGUGAUCGGGGAGGAGGAAGAGGUGAUCGGGGAGGAGGAAGAGGUGAUCGGGGAGGAGGAAGAGGUGAUCGUGGAGCGUUUCGAGGAAGAGGCGGGGAUAGAGGCGGCUAUGGUGGUGGUGGCCGUGGAGGAGGAGCAGGUGGUGGUGGUGGAUCGUUGAUCUUCCAGCAGGGUUCUAUUACAGCUCCUGAUGCUGGCGUCGAUGCUCACGAGAACAACAUCGUGGCUGGAGAACUGUCGACUUCACUGUCGAAAAUGACGAUUGGCGAGGAUGCCAUAUCUUUGCCGUUCCGGCCCGGCUGGGGUGAUCGAGGGAGAAGUAUUGUUGUUCGGACUAACUAUUUCCAAGUAAAGCCGUCCAAGGAUGUGGUUCACUACGCUUACACUGUCGGGUCUACCCCCGAGGAGACUAGCAAACGUAAACGGCGCCGCGUCAUCGAACUUGUACUUCAGAAGCCGUAUUUCCAAGGAGUGACAUGGGCCAGUGAUUAUGCCAAUUGGAUAAUCACUUCGAAGAAGUUGACACUGCCGAACGACAGAGAUGCGUUUCCACUCGUCUAUCACGACAUUGACGAGGACGCAUUUAGUGCUCCUACUGCUGGAGAGGCACCAGCCAUUACGGCAGCUCGUAAUCGCCGGACUCGUCAGAUAACCCUGCAACUACUAACGACACUGAGCGUCAACGACAUCAUGGGAUAUCUGAAUGCGAGUACGGCUAGCACGUUCUACGCGAACAAACCAGAGGCUAUUCAGGCGAUCAACAUCAUCUUGAAUCAGCAUGCGAUUUCAUCGCAAGGGGUUGUCGUUGUUGGUGGAAACAAGUACUUCCCAACCCAGGGUCCGCUCCUUGAACAAAUGACCUUGAGCGGAGGACUAGUGGCCAUCCGCGGCUACUUCUCUUCGCUUCGGACCUCAAAUAUGAGACUAUUGUUGAAUGUAAAUGUAGCUGCGGCUGCAUUCUUCCAACCUGGCCCGCUAAUCGACCUCAUGACAGCGUUUAGACAGCACAGUUUCCGCGGUCAGGCGAGCCCUCAGCUCUACUCUGCAAUGACGGACUUCAUACAAGGCCUGAGAGUGACUACGUCGUACCUCAAAAAAAUCGACAGGAGCGGGAAACAAGUCCUCGACAGCAAUCGCAAGCCGAUUCCUAUCAACAAAAUCAGGACUAUCGCAAAACGCCCGUUCGUGUACGGGCCCGGGCCCAGGCUCGCACAGUCCUGUAUGGAUGCCAAGUUCGACUGGACGGAUGUGAACGGAACUACCACCAACAUCUCUAUAGAGCAAUACUUCUUACGUAUGCAUAACAUUACACUAAGGGUCCCACAAGCACCAGCAAUCAAUUGCGGAACUGUCGAUCGUCCAAACCUCAUACCAUCAGAGCUAUUGACGGUCUUGCCGGGGCAGCCUAUUGGGGGUCUCCUGGAGCCAAGUCAGACUGCAGAAAUUCUGAGGUUUGCGGCAAGAAAGCCUGGUGAGAAUGCCACUUCGAUCACAACUCGAGGACUCCAGGUCUUGGGUUUGAACAACCCGACCAGCCAGCCCUCGGUCAGCAAAUUUGGCCUAAGUGUUAGCACUCAGAUGAUCACGGUUCACGCACGCAUUCAUAAUCCACCCAAGGUCAACUAUGCUGGUAACAAGGUGGCUGAGGUUUCUGGAGCUUCGUGGAACCUCCGAGGAGUCAAGUUUUUCAAAGGGGCCACCGUCCCAAAGUGGGGUCUCCUGGUCCUCAAUGACAAGAAUCGGCCAAUGUCAGUGCAGACAGCCUCUCUCAUGGGCACGUUUUUAAAACAAUUCCAACUAUACGGGCUGAAGGCCAGUCCGAUAGAUCCGAAAUGCACGCGCAGCACGAAUUACGACUUCGGGGUCAACAAUAGGAAACAGGGGGAUGCACUCCUCAAAAACGAAUUUGCCGGAUUUGAAAAGGCAGGCGUAAGAUUUAUGUUGAUCAUCUUGGGAUCUCAAGAUGCUCACACAUAUUCCCGACUCAAAUUCUAUGGCGAUGUCAAGUUUGGCAUCGCCACCCAGGCAAUGGUUGGUGAGAAGCUCCUCAACGAGAGGGGUCAAAUUGGCUAUAUCGCAAAUGUUAUCGCCAAGAUAAAUCUCAAGCUGGGAGGCAUCAACCAAUUCGUGAAACUGGAAGAGCUAGCCCCCGUUGACUCCAAAACGAUCGUGUUUGGCCUGGAUGUGUCGCAUCCCUCCCCGAAGAGCUCAAAGGGAGCACCCAGCGUCGCAGCCAUCGUAGCAUCGGUAGACUCCUUUUUUGGACAGCUACCUGGCGACAUUCGAGCCCAAAGAUCUCGACGAGAGAUGAUCGACGGUCUUGAAGAGCUUGUUGUGGAUCGUUUGAGGUUCUGGUCUUCGAAGAAUUCCGGCGAGCUGCCCAACAAAGUUGUCGUGUUCCGGGAUGGCGUUUCUGAGGGCCAGUAUAGGCAAGUCCUCGAAGUCGAAGAAGCAGCUUUCCAAAAAGCCUUCGACAAGCUUUACAAGGUCAAACCCAAAAUCACCUACAUUGUCGUCGGCAAAAGGCACCACACUCGGUUCUACCCAACGAAGCCCGAAGACGGCGAUAGAAACGGCAACACUCUCCCAGGUACCGUCGUCGACAGAGGCAUUGGAAUGGAGCGGGGUUGGGACUUAUUCGUCCAGCCUCAUUCGGGUCUCCAAGGAACAGUUCGACCUGCACACUACAUUGUUCUCAAAGACCAGAUUGGCUUCAAGGCCAAUCAGCUCGAGCAAGUCCUCAUCAACAUGGCUCAUACCUUUGGUCGCGCGACGAAGGCCGUCAGCAUCGCCCCAGGGGCAUACAAUGCUGAUCUGAUCGCUGAGCGGGGUCGUGCCUUUUUGCACUCGUCAAUGAACGAUAGCAACCAGGGAACGGACUUCAACUGGCAGACCGCGGAAUGGACUCGUGGCGUGCACGAUCGGCUCAAGAACACCAUGUUCUACACCUAAGAAUAGACACACUGCGCAGAAGCCGCUGCUGAUGUAUGUCGGCAUUGGUGCGAUGAUCACCAUCAUCAUCGUCGUUGUCAGUGGUGGCCAC